AUGCGGACCUUCAGCACGAGAGGAGUUUGUAUCCUCUUGCUGGUACUGCAUGGCCAGGCCUCCAGGUCAUCGGGGGGGGAGAUGCAUCCAAGGGAUAGCGGCUACCCGACCAUGUCGUGGUCAGACGGAUCAGACUGCAGAAAACUUGGGAUGAACCUGAGGGGUGGAGGAGGGAACGUGCCCACAAAGACAGGGGCUCAUGGUCCAGCUAAGAAGAGACGGAAGACAGGAGAAGGCUCUGAGGAUGUGAUCUUUGCGGAUGCUCCUCAACCACCUCAAGGCGACAACAACCAUACAAGGGUGGCAGCAUCAUUCGCUCAUCUCUUCCUACUUCUCCAUCAUCCACAUCUUUAUGCCAUCACCAUCACCACCAACAUCAUAUCAUUAUCGACUCAUUCACUAACCCUGGAGCAAGCAGCGGGAGUGGAGGCUACCCCGAUACCCAAGAAGCGCACUGUCACGUUUGAAGGAGUUUCGCCUGAGAGGCCUCAGCAGGAUCAGCUCAAGUCGUUGCCUGCUGUCAACAACCUAGACAAGGAAUAUCACGGGAGGGACAGCAGUUUUCUCAACGAUGCUGCUAAGGGGCUGAUCGCUCGAGGGGACGAGAAGCAAGCCGAACAAGUUCUGCUGCAUGCAAUCCACUCUAACCCAAACAACACGAUGGCGAUUCUGCUCUACUCCGGGCUAUUGGAGACAAAAGACCCCGCACAGGCUGCCGGACUGAAGAGCAUAGCAUAUCAGCAAGACCCCACAAGCCCUGAUGUCUUGUUUGUCUACUCUCAAUACCUGAUCCGUUCAGGGAAGCAGCGCGAGGCAGAAGCAGCCUAUAAGAAAGCCAUCGAAUCUCUUGUUCUUGAGGUGCGUCAGAUACAACUUAUUCUUGUUCCAUUCCCUCCUAUCAACCCUCCUAUCGUCUCUUGUUUUGCUGUCUCCCAGCUCUGCCUGAUAUCUUGCAAGUGGCGGGGGAAUUUUCGUAGAGUUCGUCAGAUAUGGACGAUGACAGGAUCAGAGCUCAUGAAAGGAAAGCACCUGAGCGUAUACUCCAUGGCAGAGAAGCUGAACGUGAUGGACUCGAACGACAAGACAAACUUUGCCGGUUUCCUGAGCAAGAAGCUUGGUGAUUCGGUGAGGGCCGAAAGUUUGUACAACUCUGCAUUGGAAGAUGAUCCUGAAAAUGCAGCGGCAUUGCUGAAUUAUGCAAAGCUCCUGUGCAAAAGGACGUCAAGUGGAGAUUUGGCGACGGCAAACUACAUGUCGGGACCCACCAUUGGGUUCGAACGGGUCGAGGAGCUUCUGGAGAGGAGGGAGAUUCAGGUCGGGCUGGUUAUGAGGCUCCUUAUGAAAGCCGUCAACGGCUCCGACGUUUCCCCGAGGUUGAUUGAUACUGUGGUGACGCGAAUACGGCAAGUGCAGGGAGGAGAGGAGAGAGAGCAAGUGAAAGGGUAUCUCAAACAUUUGCCGGAGAUAGUGAGGGUUGCAAUCAAGUUGACCAUCAGGGCGAAGGUUGCAGAGCAGGCGAGAGGAUCUACCGACAUGGCGGCGCUGCAAGAGAAGAACGUCUCAUACAUUGGGAGCCUGAACUCUUCCCUCAAUCAGACGUACAUGGACUUCUACUCAAUGGUGAAGAAGAAAUGUCAGGAACAGUUCUCCAUAGAGCCGAGAGGAGCAACUCCCAGACCUAUAUCAGGCGACGAGAGCGAGGUCAGCUCAUUGGGGAUCAACGUCAAGUCAGAAUCGGGAGUGUCCGAGCGUUCGGAGCUGAUCAAGUCCGAGGAUGUUAUGCAGGAAAGCAUGCUCAGGAGGGAUGAGCAGCUAUCAUUCUCCUCUGUUGGCCCACUCAUGCAACAAGCAAAGGAGAUAGAAAACCUUCACCGUCAAAGAGAAGAAUUCUCGAGUGGCUCUGCAAGAGAAAGAGGCAGCAAGGUUUCAUCUGAUGGCAGCAACCCGAAGGAGGAUGGGAGCGAACGAGAAACCACAGAUGAAACGUCGAGGAUCCAAGACGUAUGGGACGAUUCAGACGAGUUGAAUAAUGAUGCGGAAAUGUACUUCUCGCAUGUGUCUCAAGCGGACCUGAAACAAAUCGAACAAGCGAGGAAGAGUGAGGUUGGGGUCUUGAAUGGAAAGAGAUUAGAAAACAUAGUCUCAUUCUUUGCGCACAAGCAGCGGAUCUUUCUCCUUUACAAGGACCGAAGAAUGAAUUUCAAUCAGUAUUUCAAGUAUUUCAAUCUUGAAACCAGCGUUGACCAAAUCAAAAAUCUGUACUUUUUGGAUACCUGGAAAAGUCUUUACAACGAGUUUGGGGGCGAGCUUUUCAUCAGCGAAUUUUUCCAGAAAAAGUUUCCCAGACGAGAGGCUUCGGCCCGUAUGGACUCAGUCUUUUCUAUUUCUUCCGCUAUCAUGGACUACUCAGGCCUGGAAGACCUGAAGAUGCUGAGAGAGGAAAGACCUGAUAUCGAAACCGAGAUGAGGAGAUUGAAGGCUGACCCUGGGACUCACAGAGCCGUCUUCGAUGCAAUGAAGUCCGACACGAUCCGCUGGAAUCAAUCCACGAUAGAUCGUCUCAAAAAUUUGUAUCCUGAGGAACUCGAGAUCAACAACGCAGACUUUCCUGACCUGUCGAAUGUCAUUCUACCGCCGACCUCGGGUUCAAUCAGAAGCCUGCUGAGACAGCAUCGGAAAAUGCUCAACGCUUCAGAACAGGACGUAUCUGAGCACGUUGAUGAAGAAUCGAAUGCUUCUUUUCAGAACUCAACAAAUUUUGCAAACCAUUCGGAUAUCGUGGAAGAUUCGGCAAUGAACUCAUCGCAGUUGGAUGACAUCAGCGAGAAACAGUUCAUGGAUGAGUCAUCCUUUGGAAUGUCGAAUGUCAAACCGAUGAGCAAACAGUUUUACGAGAGCAUCUACGGAGCAGGAAAUUUGAACUUUGCUUCAAACUUUGAGACAGAGGCCGUGUCGUCUGUUUCAGAAAGGCAAACUUCUGAAUCUCAGCCAAAGAAAGUAGAGUCUAAGAAGGAGGUCAAGGUUGUUACAGGAGAGAGAAUGUCAGAUGACCACAAAUCCAAGGAGAAGCGAACUCUCAUUGCAAAGAUAGACACUCUAUGUGUGGGAUGUCAAUUCUACAACGGAAUUCAGUGUAUCAACGGCAGUUCCAUAGGUUUGAAGGCUCAGAGGGAACCCAACAAUAUGCACGACCAGAAUGCUGUGCGGCUAGAUCUCGUCUCGCCGACAAACACGUCGUUGGGAUACCUCAUGAAACCUGUAGCAAGUUGGAUCGCGCCGCUGAUGGACAGCAAAGUCCUAAAGUUUGAGUUCAGCAUCAAGAAUGGAACUGCAGCUCUCCUGCCACAAAAGACCAACUCGAGCACAACGGUUCCUCUGCAAGUCAGGGUCAAGGGAUUUCCUGGAAGAGAGUUGGAGAAGAAGAGGAACAGAAAACAUGCAAACUCGUUGAUCCCUGAAGGAGGUAUUCCGAUCCACACAGGAAGCAACCUCGAACAUCACACUAUGCAAGAUGUUCCUCGCAUCUUCUGUGACAAGAAAAGCUUGUCUGUGAAGUUUAACAAUGGCACCAUCAUUUCUCUACAACAAUAUUUCAGUAAGACAGUCAAGAAUUGA